UUAGUGAUUACGCAAAACCGAAGCAAUUUUGCCGUUGAAGGGGUACGCAGAAAUUCUGCCUGCGUCUCCGAACCAACUCUCGAUCCGAUCCGAUCCGUUUUCUACUUCUCUCAAUUUCGAACCAAUUGGAUCGCAUCUUUCGGGGGCUCCAACCUUUGGUGACGAAGACGAGGAGGAAGAAUUUUUUGUGCUCCGGGAUAAUUGUCGCAUCUGAUUUAUAUCGGAGAAAAGGUCUCUUGCCGGAAAAGACACGAUCCGCUUUCAUAAAGGAGAGAUUUUUACAGAUUCAGUGGACGUCAUGGAUGUGCCUAGCUCUUGGGAUGCUUUACGGAAACAGGCUAGAAAGAUUGAAGCUCAGCUUGACGAGCAGAUGCACUCAUAUCGUAGACUUGUUUCAACAAAGGCUUUAUCAAAGUCAGAUGGUUCAGAGACUGAUCUUGAAGCUGGGAUUGACUUACUUCUUAGGCAACUCCAACAAGUUAAUGCGCAGAUGCAAGCAUGGGUUUCUUCAGGUGGAUCAGAAAUGGUCUCCCAUACUUUAACUCGACAUCAAGAGAUCCUUCAAGAUCUGACACAGGAGUUUUAUCGACACCGGUCCAGUCUUAGAGCAAAACAAGAGCAUGCUUCACUUCUUGAGGACUUUAGAGAAUUUGAUCGGACUAGAUUAGAUUUAGAAGAUGGAUAUGGGUCUGAACAAUCCCUGAUCAAGGAACAUAUGGGAAUCAAUCGCAAUACGGCACAGAUGGAUGGUGUCAUUUCACAAGCUCAGGCAACACUCGGUACUCUUGUAUUUCAACGUUCAACUUUUGGAGGCAUCAACUCAAAGCUUAGCAAUGUCGCCAGCCGUCUACCUACGGUGAACACUAUUCUGGCGGCGAUAAAGAGGAAAAAGUCGAUGGAUACAAUCAUUCUUUCACUUGUUGCGGCUGUAUGCACAUUUCUCAUAUUCAUUUACUGGAUAACCAAGUAGAAUUUGCCCAUUCUUUCGUUUCAUCUCUAUGUUGGGCCACGUCUGGUUUUCCCAUGAUGUUAAUUUGUUCUGCAAUUAUCGGUGUUCGAGUAAAGAAUCUAAAGAUGAUCAAAAACAUAAAUAUUGUGUACAGCAAAUUCCAUCCAUGUCUUUGCAGUCUAGCGAACUUGUUAAAAUGUUCAGUUAUUUUUGAGAUGCCCCA